UGGGCCUGAGACUCCCGCUGGCACUCUGGCCCCUUCUCUCCUCCCACAGGACCUGGGGCCACCAUCCGGGCUCAUUCCCUCGGGUAGUGGGUUAUACUCCAUUGUUCAGUCAAGGAAGAAAAGCCACUUCCGUUUCCAACCACACAAUUCUCUGGAAUUCUCUUCAGGGACUGCUCAGCCUCCUAAAAGGCGGGCAGGCCGGAGGAAUUCGGAAGACAGCUGUGAAGGACCCGGCUCCAAGGACCAUGAGGAGCUUCCCUCUGGUUCCUCCCAUUCUCCUGGCCUUCCUCCUGACCGUCCACGUCAGAGCUGCCACACGUGAUAGUGACGUUGAGAAGACAUGCUGUUUCCAGUACAGCCAUAAGAUGCUUCCCUGGAACUGGGUGCAAGCCUACCAGUUCACCCAGAUCAGCUGCCCCCAGCAGGGUGUGAUAUUCACUACCAAAAAAGGCGAGAGAGUCUGUGUCCAGCCCAAGGAAAAAUGGGUGCAGAGAUAUAUUUCUUUAUUGAAAACUAAGAAAUAAUUGUGACUCUGCUGACUUUUCAGUCCAGGGACACCUGGACCUUGCUCUUGGCCCUGUUCCCCUGGGUGGAGCUGGGGCCAUCUCUACAGAGGGCCUCCUGGCAGGGAGGGAAGCAUGUU